GAUGUCGCAAGCCGGACACGUCGGCGGCGCGGCGGCCGCGGAGACCGGAGCCGGAUGUGCCAAGAUGGCUGCGGUGGCUGCUGUGUCUGCGCUCGUCGCCAGCGCCGGGUGGGAUUUCGCCCCCGGCUCCUGAGGGAUCGGUCUCAGCCACGCGGCCCCAAUUAAGGAAAAGCUGUAUUCUGCUUCCUUCUGUGAGCAGCAUCGACUUGUGCAAGAGUUCAGUCAUGCAGCCGCCACCCCAGGCGGUCCCGUCUGGCGUGGCUGGGCCGCCUCCAGCCGGGAAUCCUCGGAGCGUGUUCUGGGCUAGCAGCCCUUAUAGGAGACGGGCCAAUGGUAAUGCAGCAGUGGCUCCGAUCACUUGCCCGUUGCAACCGGUCACGGAUCCAUUUGCUUUUAGUAGACAGGCGCUCCAAAGUACACCGGUGGGCAGUUCGUCCAAAAGCAGCCUGCCUGUCUUGCAAGUCCCAGCCCCCUCAGGCUUUUCUCAGCACCCCGGUUUGCUUGUGCCUCACACACAUGCCAGAGAUAGCUCUCAGGGACCCUGUGAACCCCUGCCUGGACCUCUGACACAGCCCAGAGCAGAUGCCAGUCCGUUUUCUGGUGUGUUGACACCUUCAGCACCUCCUGGGCCUGAGAUGAACAGGAGCACAGAGGUCGGUCCCAGUUCAGAGCCUGAAGUUCAGACUCCGCCAUAUCUGCCUCACUACAUUCCAGGAGUGGAUCCUGAACCAUCUCAUGGGGGCCAUUCUCAUGGGAACAUGCCUGGGCUCGACCGACCCCUGAGCAGGCAAAACCCACAUGAUGGUGUGGUCACCCCAGCAGCAUCCCCUUCCUUCCCCCAGCCUCGUCUGCUGAUGGCGGGACAGUGGGGGCCAGUGCAGGGAAGCCCACAGCCCUUGGGGCAACAUCGUUCACCCUGCCCUGAAGGACCUGUUCCCAGCGGAGUGCCCUGUGCCACCAGCGUUCCUCAUUUCCCCAUCCCGUCCGUCCUACAUCAGGGCCCUGGUCACGAGCAACACAGCCCUCUGGUGGCUCCCCCAGCAGCCUUGCCCAGUGACGGAAGAGAUGAGGUGGGCCACUUGCAAACUGGAAGCCACCUGGCCAAUAACUUUGAUCCUGAAAAUACAUUCAGGCAAAAUCCCAGAAUUGUGAAUCACUGGGCAAGCCCAGAGCUCAGGCAGAAUCCAGGAGUGAAGAAGGAACACCAGCCCGCCUCUGCUCUUGUAAACUCCCUCGCCCAAGGAGACAGCCCAGAACACCGCACGCACCAUCCACUGGGGGCCGGGCCUGGCUGUGCUCCGCUGGAAGCGGACUCGGGAGCCUCAGGAGCUCUGGCGAUGUUUUUCCAAGGGGGAGAGACAGAAAAUGAGGAGAAUCUCUCAUCUGAAAAAGCAGGCUCAUCUGGUCAAGCAGACUUUGACGAUUUCUGCUCCAGCCCUGGACUGGGCCAUCCGCCUGCACCUGCACACAUGGGGGCAGGCAGCCUCUGCCAGGCCCUUCUCCCAGUCCCCGGCAAUGAGGCUACUGGUGAUGUAUGGGGUGACGCAGCGGGCACAGGGCUGCCGGAUGCCAGUGGCUCGCAGUAUGAGAACGUUGAGAACUUAGAAUUUGUUCAGAAUCAAGAAGUUCUGCCAAGUGAGCCCCUCAAUUUGGACCCUUCCUCCCUGAGUGACCAGUUCAGAUAUGGGCCCCUUCCUGGGCCAGCUGUGCCCAGGCUUGGUGCUGUGUGUCACACCGGAGCCCCUGACACCACGCUGCACACAGUACACCCUGACAGUGCGUCAUCCAGCUACAACAGCAGAAGCCACGGAAGGCUCUCAGGCUCAGCCAGGCCCCAGGAGCUAGUUGGCACGUUCAUCCAGCAAGAAGUUGGAAAACCUGAGGAUGAAGCUUCAGGUAGUUUUUUUAAGCAAAUCGAUUCUUCUCCUGUAGGAGGCGAAACAGACGAGACCACUGUGAGCCAGAAUUACCGGGGCAGCGUGUCCCAGCCCUCAACCCCAAGCCCCCCGAAACCUACAGGAAUAUUUCAGACAAGUGCAAAUAGUUCUUUUGAACCGGUAAAAUCCCACUUAGUUGGGGUAAAACCAUUUGAGGCAGAUCGCGCCAACGUGGUUGGUGAAGUAAGGGAGACCUGUGCCCGCCAGAAGCAGUGCAGACCAGCUGCCGCCCUGCCCGAUGCUUCUCCUGGCAACCUGGAGCAGCCACCAGACAACAUGGAGAACCUCUGUGCACCCCAGGUCUGUCCCCUGCCUCUUAACUCCACCACAGAAGCUGGGCACGUGCUUCCACACGCAGGGGCGCCACCCUUGGAUACUGUGUAUCCGGCACCGGAGAAGAGACCUUCAGCCAGGGCCCAGGGUCCCGUGAAGUGUGAGAGCCCAGCAACGACUCUGUGGGCGCAAAGUGAGCUGCCAGAUUUUGGAGGCAACGUCCUUCUGGCCCCUGCAGCCCCGGCGCUUUAUGUGUCUGCGAAACCUCAGCCACCUGAAGUUGUUCAGCCUCCAGAAGAGGCGAUGUCCGGGCAGCAGUCACGGAAGCCAAGCUCGGCGGCCCCUGUGCAGAGCCGAGACGGCAUUGGUGCUUCAGAGAACCUUGAGAAUCCUCCCAAAAUGGGAGAGGAGGAGGCCCUUCAGUCCCAGGCGAGUUCUGGUUAUGCAAGUUUAUUAUCCUCACCGCCCACUGAGUCUCUGCAGAAUCCGCCAGUCUUGAUUGCCCAGCCUGAUCACAGCUAUAAUCUGGCUCAGCCCAUUAACUUUCCUAUGUCCUUAUCGAACUCUAAUGAGAAGAAUCAGUCCUGGAGAGAGGCUUUGGUGGGGGAUAGACCUGCAGUCGGCAGCUGGGCUCUCGGUGGUGAUUCUGGGGAGAACAGUUCUUUGUCUGGGAUUCCAACCGGCUCUGUCCUUAGCUUGUCUCUGCCUAGCAGUGUUGCCCAGAGUAAUUUUCCACAAGGUUCUGGUGCUUCCGAAAUGGUUUCUAAUCAGCCUGCUAAUUUGCUGGUUCAACCACCAUCCCAGCCAGUUCCAGAGAAUUUGGUUCCGGAAAGUCAAAAGGAUCGUAAGGCAGGAAAUGCUCUUCCCGGAUUUGCUAAUAGCCCUGCUGGAAGCACAAGUGUGGUGUUAGUUCCACCUGCACACGGCACCCUGGUGCCUGAUGGUAAUAAGGCAAACCAUUCCAGUCAUCAGGAAGACACUUACGGAGCCCUAGACUUUUCCUUGAGCAGGACUUUGGAAAAUCCUGUAAGCAUGUACAGCCCAUCCCAUUCUGACAGCCUCGCUUCUCAGCAAACUGUUGCCAGUCAUCCCAGACAAUCUGGGCCUGGGGCACCUAACCUUGACCGUUUUUAUCAGCAGGUCACGAAAGAUGCCCAGGGCCAGUCUGGCCUCGAAAGAGCCCAGCAGGAGCUGGUGCCACCCCAGCAACAGGCUUCCCCACAAGUACCCAAAGCCACGUUGUCAGAGCUGUCAAAUCCAGAGAGUCUGCCAGCCCAGGGACAGGCCCAGAACUCAGCACAGCCACCAGCAAGUCUGGCUCCGGCUGACGCAGGUCAGCAGCUGCCACCUCGGCCUCCUCAGUCCUCUAGUGCGUCGCUGGUGUCUACCGGCUCCGGCCAGGCAGCAGUGCCGUCAGAGCAGCCAUGGCCACAGCCGAUGCCUGCACUUGCCCCCGGCCCACCGCCUCAGGACCUGGCCGCCUACUACUACUACCGGCCUCUGUACGAUGCCUACCAGCCUCAGUACCCCUCGCCGUACCCACUGGAGCCUGGCGCGGCCUCCCUCUAUUACCAGGAUGUCUACGGCCUCUACGAGACUCGAUACAGGCCCUAUGACAGUGCUGCGUCUGCGUACGCCGAGAACUACCGCUACCCCGAGCCCGAGCGGCCCAGCUCCCGAGCCAGCCACUCCUCGGAACGGCCACCUCCCAGGCAAGGGUAUCCUGAAGGAUACUAUAGUUCCAAAAGUGGAUGGAGCAGUCAGAGCGAUUACUAUGCAAGUUAUUACUCCAGCCAGUACGAUUAUGGAGAUCCAGGUCACUGGGAUCGUUACCACUACAGUGCCAGAGUCAGGGACCCCCGCACCUACGACCGGAGGUAUUGGUGUGAUGCAGAGUACGACACGUACAGGAGAGAGCACUCCACCUACGGGGACAGGCCCGAGAAACGUGACAACAACUGGAGGUACGACCCUCGCUUCACGGGGAGUUUUGACGACGACCCCGAUCCCCACAGAGACCCUUACGGGGAAGAGGUGGACAGGCGCAGCGUCCACAGUGAGCACUCCGCACGGAGCCUGCACAGUGCACACAGCCUGGCAAGCCGCCGUAGCAGCCUCAGUUCCCACUCACACCAGAGUCAGAUUUACAGAAGCCACAAUGUGGCUGCCAGUUCCUACGAGGCCCCGCUUCCUCCAGGCUCCUUUCACGGUGAUUUCGCCUACGGCACCUACCGCAGCAAUUUCAACAGUGGCCCCGGCUUCCCAGAGUAUGGCUACCCUGCAGACACUGUCUGGCCUGCCAUGGAGCAAGUUUCAUCAAGACCAACUUCUCCUGAAAAAUUUUCAGUGCCUCAUGUCUGUGCCAGGUUUGGCCCUGGCGGUCAGCUUAUCAAAGUGAUUCCCAAUCUGCCUUCAGAAGGACAGCCGGCCUUGGUGGAGGUCCACAGCAUGGAGGCCUUGCUGCAGCACACGUCUGAGCAGGAGGAGAUGCGGGCGUUCCCGGGACCCCUGGCCAAAGACGAUACCCAUAAAGUGGAUGUCAUUAAUUUUGCACAGAACAAAGCUAUAAAAUGUUUGCAGAAUGAAAACUUAAUUGACAAAGAGUCUGCAAGUCUUCUUUGGAAUUUUAUUGUUCUCCUAUGCAGACAGAAUGGGACCGUGGUAGGGACCGACAUUGCGGAGCUUCUGUUACGAGACCACAGAACAGUGUGGCUUCCUGGGAAGUCGCCCAAUGAAGCAAACCUGAUUGAUUUCACGAACGAGGCGGUGGAGCAGGUGGAAGAAGAGGAGUCUGGCGAGGCCCAGCUCUCUUUCCUCACUGGUGGUCCAACGGCUGCCGCCAGCUCUCUUGAGAGAGAGACGGAGCGGUUCAGGGAGCUGUUGCUGUAUGGCCGUAAGAAGGAUGCUUUGGAGUCUGCAAUGAAGAACGGCCUGUGGGGUCACGCUCUGCUGCUUGCAAGUAAGAUGGACAGCCGGACACACGCCCGAGUCAUGACCAGGUUUGCCAACAGCCUCCCAAUCAACGACCCUCUGCAGACAGUCUACCAGCUCAUGUCCGGGCGGAUGCCCGCCGCGUCCACGUGCUGUGGAGACGAGAAAUGGGGAGACUGGAGGCCACACCUUGCCAUGGUCUUGUCCAACUUGAACAACAAUAUGGACGUCGAGUCCAGGACGAUGGCUACCAUGGGCGACACUCUGGCUUCGAAGGGCCUCUUAGACGCGGCCCACUUUUGCUACCUUAUGGCCCAGGUUGGAUUUGGUGUUUAUACGAAGAAAACUACAAAGCUUGUCUUAAUUGGAUCAAAUCACAGUUUGCCAUUCUUAAAGUUCGCAACCAAUGAAGCAAUCCAGAGGACGGAAGCCUAUGAGUACGCCCAGUCCCUGGGUGCCCAGACCUGCCCCCUGCCUAGUUUCCAGGUGUUUAAGUUCAUCUACUCCUGCCGCCUGGCGGAAAUGGGACUGGCCACACAAGCCUUCCACUACUGUGAGGCCAUCGCAAAGAGCAUCCUGACGCAGCCGCACCUGUACUCCCCGGUGCUGAUCAGCCAGCUUGUGCAGAUGGCUUCCCAGUUACGACUCUUCGAUCCCCAGCUGAAAGAGAAGCCGGAAGAGGAGUCCUUGGCCGCACCCACGUGGCUGGUUCACCUGCAGCAGGUGGAGCAGCAGAUCAAGGAGGGGGCUGGAGUAUGGCAUCAGGACGGAGCCUUCCCGCAGCAGUGUCCCAGCACGCCGAGCUCUGAGGUGGAGCAGGACGGGGCAGGACUCAGUCAGCCAGCGGCCCUGGGGAUCGCCAACCCGCUGCUGGCCGUGCCCGUGCCGAGCCCUGAGCACUCGAGCCCCAGCGUGCGGCUGCUGCCCUCAGCUCUGCAGACGCUCCCUGACGGCCCGUUGGCCAGUCCUGCCAGGGUGCCAAUGUUCCCAGUGCCCCUGCCCCCGGGGCCCCUGGAGCCGGGUCCUGGCUGUGUGACCCCAGGGUCUGCACUUGGCUUCCCGGAGCCCUCCAGGCCUGAUCCUGCAACUCUGUGCCCCGGCCCUGGCCUCCCGCCUGGUGUGCCACCUCUGCAGGAAAGGAGACACUUGCUCCAGGAAGCCAGGAGCCCAGACCCAGGGAUCGUGCCGCCGGAGGCACCUGUUGGAAACUCCCUUUCUGAGCUAAGUGAAGAAAAUUUUGGUGGAAAAUUUGCUACUCUGGCCCCCUCGAGGACGGCGCCAGACUCAGAGGCCCCCCCAGGGUGGGAUCGUGCCGACUCGGGUCCCACGCAGCCACCUCUGUCUCUCCCACCCGCUCCCGAAACGAAGAGAGCCGGACAAGCAGCCAAGAAAGAGACGAAGGAACCUAAGAAGGGUGAAUCCUGGUUCUCUCGUUGGCUACCUGGGAAGAAAAAGACAGAAGCUUAUUUGCCAGAUGACAAGAACAAAUCGAUUGUUUGGGAUGAAAAGAAAAACCAGUGGGUGAAUUUGAAUGAGCCAGAAGAGGAGAAGAAAGCCCCGCCCCCACCUCCAACCUCGCUGCCCAAGGCUGUGCAGGCUGCGCCGCCGGGUCUCGCAGGGCCUGCUGGAGCCCCGGUGAACAUGUUCUCUAGAAGAGCAGCCGGAAGCAGAGCUCGCUACGUGGACGUCCUGAACCCAAGUGGGACCCAGCGGAACGAGCCGGCUCUUGCUCCUGCGGACUUUGUCGCUCCACUCGCGCCACUCCCGAUUCCUUCCAACUUGUUUGUGCCGAGCCCAGAUGCAGAAGAACCACAGCCUCCAGACGGGACUGGCAGGGAAGGGCCUGCACCAGCUAGGGGCCUGGCCAAUCUAGAGCCUGCCCCAGAGCCCACGCUUUCGCGCUGUAGUUCAAUGAGUUCAUUAUCACGUGAAGUGAGCCAGCAUUUUAAUCAGGCUCCUGGCGACCUCCCUGCUGCAGGCGGCCCUCCCAGCGGGGCCGUGCCCUUCUACAACCCUGCUCAGCUGGCACAGGCCUGCGCCACCUCCGGGAGCUCAAGGCUAGGGAGAAUUGACCAGAGGAAGCACCUGGUGCAGAACUAGGCUGGUCCUGCUGUGAACUUGCACUUGGAGCCCUGACGCUGCUGUUCUCCCCGAAGAACCCAACCGACCGCUGCGAUCUCCGUCCCGCCCCCAGGGAGACACAGCAGUGACUCAGAGCUGGUCCCACGCUGCGCCUCCCUCCUCACCGCCCAUCAUAAUGAAUUAUUUUGAAAAUUGAUUCCACCAUCCUUUCAGAUACUGGAUGGAAAGACUGAAUCUUUGACUCAGAAUUGUUUGCUGAAAAGAAUGGUGUGACUUUCUUAGUCAUUUAGGAUGAUUUAAGGAUGUAGCAUUCCUGGUCAUUUAAGAAUGUUCAUUCGGCUGGAGCUGUCUCUGCCACAGGAGAGCCACACGGUUGGAGCAACCAGGGCCUCUCCAAGCCCAGCUGUGAGUCCCGCACUUCCUUUAAGGUGCUGGGAGCAAAGAGUGACUGUCUGAGGCAAACCCCGACCCUGCUCUGCAGCGUCUGGGCCCUGGCCGUGUUUGCACCUGGCCGAAUGUGUGGAGGUGGCUGUGUUCUCAGUCAGCGUCUCCAAGGAGCCUCGGGGUUCCUUCGGCAUUAGUUCAGUUUUUGAGAGAGGCCUUAGUUACUGAAGUGAAUUUCUUUCCUGUAACAAAGACACUUCCAGCCUCACUUUACUUUCUGUGGCCUGAUGAGGACCAUGGGUGAUUUUGUGCACCCAAAGCACCGGCGACUGCCCACCAUGUGGCCCAGUCACUGGGAAGGAGCCCCAGGGAGCCGGCUGUCUGACACGAUGGCUCAGGGUGGUCAUCCAGGGUGAAAACUGACGGUGUGAUGUUUGAUUUGGGCUUCAUUUUGCGUGUAGGAGCAUGGUUAGACUCAUUGUGAAGGGGGCUGGAUGCAGUUCUCUAAAAGGCUGCACUUUUCCUGGUGCAAUCCACGUGACCCACUUUCUCACCUGGGGGACAUUGGUUCAGGGGUUGGUAACAUCUUGGGGAGAGUAUCUUAGCACAGUUUCUUGACAGCUGCUUUGGAACUUACUUCUGCCCCGCGUUUUGCCACACUGAGACUUUGAGUAGCUCCUGGUGGACUCAGCCCUGUUGAACUCAGAGAGGGGCCUCCUCUCACUGACGCAAAGCUUUAAGGCUUCUCUGACUGUUCUGAAAACUCUUCGUAUUCUUGUCAAGUCUAAAGAGACUGAAGAAAAGAUUUAAAUAAUAAUAAAAAUCAGUAGAUAAUUUCUGUAGGUUCUGCUGGGGAAACAUACACUGUCUGGUGUUUUAAAUUUAAGUAUAGAAAUUGUAGAAUGUGGAAUUAGCACAGGCCCUUCCUGACUUUCUGUUUCACUUGAUCAUUUAGCCCAGACCACCCAGGAUGUUUUCCAAAAUGUUUCACAGGUGUGUCCCGCCGGAUCCAUUUGUCCUUGUCACUUGGAGAAAGGCCAGUCCCUGUGACGGGGCAGCCCUCUCUGUUCCUUGGUCAGCUCCUGUGAUUCCUGGGACCUCUUCUGGUCGGCCCUGCCCGCUGUUCUGGGGUCGACUGCCACGACUUUUGAUUCAAGAAGCUUCCUCCAGGCGGGAGCGGCUAUUUUUCCUAAAUGAGAAUUGUUACAUUGCAAAUCGUUGAAUAAAAUAUUUUGCGCUCCUUCAAGCACCUUCA